AUGUCUUUAAAAACCGACAAUGACAUUCACAGUUUGGCUGGAGGCUUGUAUCAGCAGCAGUCAUGCCUUGAACCGCCAAAUGGACACAGUAGCCUGGAGCUGGUACGUUCACCGUUUGCUGGAGCUCGAUUCAUAUUCUCUCUCAUUUGCGACUUUCAGGUUGAAUGCAAUCUUGAAGAGGAGCACAUUGAGGCAUUAGACCUUACAGUGCAAAAGGUGUGCCAGAAAGAAGAAUCAGCCACACCAUGCUUCAUAACACCAGCAGGAAAUUUGCCAUGCCUAUCGCACCGUGCUGCAGGACCAGACUCUAGGGUUUGCUUUUUUGGGGGAUUCGACACAGUUUCCUUAACACCCGGUGCAGUGAGAGAUCUCUGUGGCGUUUCAGACAAUGUUUUCUCGCUCCUGUUAAGUCUCCUGCCUCACACGAGAGAUAAGGGUACUGAUGUCAGCCUUCCGAACAAACUUUUAAUAUUUCUAUUCAAAAUGAAGCACGGAGUGCCUUUUAGUGCAAUUGCAGUAAUUUUUGGCAUUCAUGAAACAACAGCAGCACGAACGUUUCAUGCAGUUCUGGGCACGCUUGCGGGUGCUACAAGAAAGUGGAUAUAUAAGCCACAUAUGCAAGUGAUACGGGAUACACGUCCAGAGUGUUUUAAGGUCAACUAUCCUGACUGCACACUCAUUGUCGAUUGCACUGAAGUGCGCACAGAAACACCAUCAGAGGUGAGGCAACAACAUGUCCUCUACUCCACGUACAAAAGUGGCUUUACAUUGAAAUUUUUAGUUGCGAUUGCCCCCUCUGGCCUCAUUGUAUUCAAGUCCAAAUCCUAUGGUGGGCGUUGCUCAGACACACAAAUCGUGCUGGAAUCAGGAUUCCUUGAAAUAAUUGGUCAGCAUGAUGUUAUUCUUGCUGAUAAGGGUUUUCCUGGAAUACUAGCAGGUGUAGCAGGUAAAAGUGCCGUACUGAUUAUGCCACCAUUCUCAACUGGCAACCAGCCUUUCUCACCUGCAGAACUGCAAGAAACAUACAAUGUUGCUCAAGUGCGCGUGCAUGUAGAGAGAGUGAUACAGCGCAUAAAAACUCAUGGAAUUUUGGAGCACCGUAUUCCUGUCAGUUUGAUUCCUGCCAUGAGUGAAAUUUUUCAUAUGUGCUGCAUUUUGGCAAAUCUGCAAAGUCCAAUAAUUCAAAGCAACACAAAGUAAGGUGCUUUAUUUUCACUGUGAUACACAAGCACAGAGUAUCAAACAUAUUUUUGGCAUAAGCACUGCUACCACCUUUUACAAAAUUGUAAUAUUUAAAGGCCAACUUCCCCACAGAGAUUUUGAAAAAUAUUCCGGUCAUGUAUGUUUUUCAUCAUUUUUGGCAAUAAUAAAAAGCGGACCAAUCCAUUCGUGUAAACAUGUGUAGACUUAUGUGCCUAGCUUGCAAACACAAUACUGCUGUUUUGCAGGCAAGCACCAUACAGAAAUAAAUUACUAUGCUUUAUUUUUAGAACAUUAAGCGCAGUAUGACACUGAAGAAACUGCUCAUAGCAGUGAUAUUUUAGCCAGCUAACAUAGUAGUGCCCAGGUCACCAGGAAAGCUAGCAGCUUUAUCUGCGACUCUGAAAUUAUAAACUUGGAUGAGAAAUUGUAAAGCAAGGGGACAGCACUAGGCUGAACAAAUUUGCAAACAUAUCUAAGAAGCUAUGGUGUGGCUCUCAACCACCAUACAAACACACACAAAAACAUGGGAGACAUCAAUUAAAAUUAAAGGAGACGUGAUCAGGUCGACAGUGCCUCAAGGCUACAUUCACUACAGGCAUCAAAAAUGGCUUAAACACUGCAACUGUGAACUAGCCUCAACUGUGCAACAGCAGAGGCUCUCAAUAAGGAAAUACAGUGCAAGCUUACAGAUACAACUGAAAGAAUCACUGCAACUCCUUCAGUGACAGAAUGGACAUGUAAAAGCCAUGGCAGACGUUCGGGAUCUUUUUGAUGCAGUCUUUCAUGUUGCAGUUAUAAAGCGACAAUAAGCAAAGAAAUUGGUGGUAAUAAAGCAUUGCUGUUCACUUGCAAGUUCCUGAAAGCCAGGCAAUUUCAGAGGAAGAUUUCAGACUAAAACCAGCUUUUGCCAUCAGGUAGCUCAACAGUGUUUAACACUCUAGCAACUUCCUUAAAGGGCCAACAAGUGCAAAAAAUGUGUCAUGAAAUGGUGCAAAGGAAAAGACGAUGAUUUAUAUUGAUAGAAACAAGGAUGCUGUACAUGUUUUAAGUAGCUAUUAUAAUUUUAAAUUGGCACAGAAAUCGAAAAACACUUUGUCACUCACUGGAAGUGAAACCUUGAUACUAACAUACUGUAGGUAAUUGAGCUGUUAAUAAGUGCAGCAUAAUUUACAAAUCAGCCUUUAUAUUACACAGACCUAGGGUCUGUAUCCAAGCUAGCUGGUACAGUGGAAGGUCGAGACAGUAACACGUUUUGGUAAGGCAUGUAUGGCAAUCACAAUGUAUUUUGUCAUUCUUUCCGCUGUCUGUUUUUUAUUUGUGCUUUACCUGCCUGAAAACCACAGGCACUUUAAUCUGUGAGUACUACAAGGUAAAAAAGGCAUGCAUAAUGGUACACAUAGAUGCUUUUGUACACACGCGAAUUUGCAUGCAAGUAACCCAAGUUCUGUGGUCCCCCCUAUGAGAUACAAUAUGACAUCAACUAUGCCACAAGUGGGCCAACUCUGCACACUGUAAUCAGUAAAUCUGCACACUGUAAGUCAGGAAAAACACGUAAUAGGAAGUAUACUGCAUUUCAGUACUAAUAAAAAGACCAGUAACCGCGUACACUAGUAGAAGGUCACGUGGCAGAGCUCUUAUGCAGCUUCAUGUGUGUGCCAUGUGGUGCGCGAAAGGUCAUUUUUCGCGACUUUUAGUGAUAGGUUAAAAAAGUAAAUUUCCAAAUUUAAUGAGAGAAACAUGGCUUGCUUUAGCCACUAUGAUAGGGAAUCAUUCCAUAAGCAGGGUUAUCUGAUUUCAUGUGCUGAGCAGCUGUAUGUACCUUUAAGAGCAAACUUACUUCCUGCAAGCAGGAAUCUGGUCUAACGCAGGAGCUGCUUAAUGUAGUAUGAAUAAUAAAACGCCUCCAACCGAGGAAUGUUUCGAGCAAGGAAGUCUUCAUCUCUGUCAACAACUAUAGUAAUAUCUUGCUUGCUUGUAUAAACAAAAAAGAAACAUUCUGUAGUGUUAGUGACAUACAUGGCAACCUGAACCUGUGAAUAAUAUGGGUGGCUGCGAGGCAACUGAAGCAUUCCAUCAUGAUAUGUCACAUAGCUAACGUAGCUUUCGCACAGAGCAUGAUCUAUGAUUAUGUCAUCUUUACGACUGUAGGGGCACUUGAUUUCAAGCAAAACGACACCACUGGUUGUUUGGAAAAGGCCAUCGGGACUUGCACAAAGCCAUGGCUGACAGGGGUGAAUCACAACGCCA